GGCUUCCUCUACAAACUCUGGCAGCGCCUAGCGCACUUUUUCUCCGCAACAUCAACAUGUCUUCAUUUUCCCCCGAGGACCUCGUCCUCGCCACCGGCGCCAACGGCCACGUCGCCCAGCACGUCCUCGCGCAGCUCCUCGCCCUUCCCCAGGGGCCCCGCGUCCGCGCUACCGUCCGCUCUGCCUCCUCGGCGGCGGGUAUAGAAUCCCACUUCGCCUCGCACAUCGUUUCCAAGCGUUUAGAACUCACCCUCGUCCCCGACCUCCUCGCGCCCCACGCCUUCUCUGAAGCGCUAGAGGGCGUAACCCACAUCGUGCACAUCGCCUCCCCCCUCGCCAUCGGAGUGACAGACGUCGAGCGCGACCUGCUCUUACCCGCCAUCACCGGCACCACCGCGCUCCUCACCACCGCGCUCUCCAUCCCCACCUUAAAAACCGUCGUGCUAACCGGCAGCUUCGCAGCCGUCAUGGACGUCGCCAAGCACCCGCGGCCCGGGUACACCUACACGUCCGCGGACUGGAACCCCAUCACGCGGUCCGAAGCCGCGGACCCGGGCCUCGACCUCACGCGCUGGCCGGAGGUGUAUCGGCCGUUUGUGACGUACAUGGCGAGCAAGACGCUCGCGGAGCAAGCGGCGUGGGAGCUGUGGGAGCGGGAGAAGCCAAGUUGGGGGCUGUGCGUGCUGCUGCCGACGUAUAUAGGUGGGCCGUAUGUGCUGCCGCUGGCGCGGGGGACGGCGGGGUUGAGCUGGAGUACGGGGCUGGUGUGGGGGGUUGCGGAGGGGGGAGCGUUGCCGGGGGUGGAUUAUCCGGAUUGGGUGGAUGUGAGGGAUGUAGCCGGAGCGCAUGUGAGGGCGUUGGAGAGGGCGGAGGAGGGGAGGGGGAGGAGGGUGGUGCUGAGGGGGGGUGGGAUGGUGUAUAGUGAUAUUGCGGAUAUUGUGAGGAAGAAUUUCCCGCAGUUGAGGCCGUCGGAUGAGAAGCAGGUGGAUAAAUAUCAUGACGUAGACACGUCUGAGGCGGCGGAGGUUUUGGGUAUAAAGGAGUGGAUACCAAUGGAAAAGAUGGUCGUUGAUAGUGUCAGCCAGCUCCUAGAGUAUGAACGGAAAUGAAUUAUGAGUCUUAAUGGAAUGUAUCACCUGGUAUAGAUCUCCGUCGUGAAAUCGAAAGUAUUGCUUAGAGUGGAUUGCUUGAAAUUUGAAAUACAGGGCCACAUUUCCUUCGUAGAGU